CACACAUUAUAAGCGGCGUCAACAGCAGGGUUGUCACCACAUAUUCAGCUCUGGUGUUCACACAUUAUAAGCAGCAUCAACAGCAGGGUUGUCACCACAUAUUCAGCUCUGGUGUCACUAAAGAGGUCUGCGCCGGAGGUUAUGCCAAAGUAGAUGGAUAUUGAGCUGGAUUACAAUAUGGAAUUAGAUUAUGCUGACUAUGACAAUUACUCUACUGAUAAUUCAACAGCGGGGGAAGAGCAUUCCAUAAAAUUCCAAUCGACAUGCUUCACAGAGGCAGCUUGUGUCACCCUUGUGGUGAUCAAUGGUGUUAUUUUUGUCUUGGGCGUCCUUGGAAACGGAAUAGUGAUUUGGAUCGCCGGUCUCAAGAUGAAGAAGACCAUCAACACCACCUGGUACCUGAGCCUGGCAGUGUCUGACUUCCUUGUCUGCGCGAUCCACCCCUUCAACAUCGCUUACCUGGCUCUUCAGGACUGGGUGUUUGGUAUCUUCCUGUGCAAGUGCACCUCCUUCAUGAUGUUCGUCAACAUGUUCAGCAGCAUCUUCCUGCUGGUCUUCAUCAGCGUGGACCGCUGUGUCGCCGUGAUGUUCCCCGUGUGGGCCCAGAACCACCGGACAGUCCGAACCGCAUCCGUCGUCGUCGUUCUGGCCUGGGUGCUCGCGGCGGUUCUCAGCAUUCCGUCCAUCAUAUUCCGGGAGGUCAAGCACCAUAUGGGCAAGAGCCACUGCUUCAACAACUACAUGGCGGACCCACACAGCCACACCGCCAUCGCCGUCAGCCGCUUCGUCUCCGGCUUUGUUGUGCCUUUCAACAUCAUCAUCGUGUGCUACUCCGUGAUCACCCUCAGACUCAUGGGCAGUCAGAUCAAGAGGUCGUCCAAGCCCCUGAAAAUCAUGACGGCGCUCAUCGUCACCUUCUUCAUCUGCUGGCUACCCUACCACGUCUUCAUCCUGCUGGAGCUCCACCCCGCUGCCCACGACCACCAGCACCUUGUGCACGGGCUGCAGUACGGCACCAUGCUCGCACUAGCCAACAGCUGCCUCAACCCCGUGCUCUACGUGUUCAUGGGCAACGACUUCCGGAGGAAGUUCAAGAGCUCUCUGCUGUCCAAAAUCGAGAACGCCAUGGGAGAGGACAAUCGCACCACCAGUCGUUACCUGUCACGUUCCAGCUCGGUGGACACAAGGGCUUCCACUCAUAUUUAGAUGUCCACUCAUAUCUAAAUGACCGCAGGUUCCCUUUUCUCUGUUCUGCUCUCAUAAUAGUUGUUUAAAAACAUUCUCAUGAACUGGUAACAAUCUAGACUGUCAGUAGAUGGAAGUACUCAUUUAAAUGUCCACAAGUUUCCCUAUUGUCAUGAACAGGUAACAAUCUAGACUGUCAGUAGAUGGAAGUACUCAUUUAAAUGUCCACAAGUUUCCCUAUUGUCAUGAACUGGUAACAAUCUAGACUGUGAGUAGAUGGAAGUACUCAUUUAAAUGUCCACAAGUUUCCCUAUUUUCUCUUCUCAUUGUAUUUUUACUUCACUCAUUGUCUACUGAGAUUCCUGCCAGGUGUUGUAUACAAGUCAUUACAUGUCUCAUCAGUAGAUGAGAAUGCAUCUCGGAUUAUAGUGGAUGGGAGGGUCAUAUGUCCACAGGUCAAAAUGUCUACAGGUUCACUGUGUCUCCCUUAUUCACACUGUUACAUUAACCACAGUCAAUACAACUGAUUUACUGCUAUAGCCUGUACCAAUGUAGUGUCAUCUUCUAUUAUAACCUGUAGCGAUGUAGUCAUAUUCUAUUAGAGCCUGUACCAAUGUAGUAAUCUUCUGCUAUAGCCUGUACCAAUGUAGUCAUCUUCUGCUAUAGCCUGUUACUAUUGUAGUCAUCUUCUAUUAUAGCCUGUACCAUGUAGUCAUCUUCUGUAGUCGUGUUACUCUCAAUAACAGAUGAGGCUGUGACUUUACCAAACAAACCCAAUAAGCGAUGUCUUGCUUGAACUGAAGUAGUUGACGUGACAUAAUAACUAAUACAAUGUCUCAUUAUUUGGUACAUAACAUGAUGGCCAGAUCACUGUCUUCAGAUCUGAAUUGUAUAUGUUAUAAAUAUUUUGCUUACAUGUUGGGAAGUGAUGCUGCUGGGGGUGGAGAGUUGGGGUUACGCCUUAUUGUCAGAAUGAAGUAUAUUAGAUUUAGUCAUCCAAAAAAACAUGUUUUCUCCAACAUUUUACGAAAAUGUCUUAUAUUUAUGUAUUUUAUUAUCGCAUGCAUGCAGGUGUAAUCAGUGCCUGUGUGUGUUUGUACACAUCAUGUGUGUUAUGCAUGUAUUGUAUGUAUCUGAAUGUAAUACAUAGAACAAAGAACAAUGCAAACUGCACACAACUAAGAUCAUUGGAAUAAAAUGUGUUUAUCUGUGCCACUCCUGCAUUUUGUGUUAUGGUUAUAUCCAUUAAUUACUAGAUGUGGUUAUUUUCUCUCUCAAACUAUGAUGACUAACACGUAUCCAACAAAAACUGAACAAAGUGAAAAAAGAGGUUGAUAAGACAUCUCUUUAUUGGCAUAUGAAUCCGGCUAACUGAUUUGACUUCCUCUUUCUCAUGUCAGAACUAUGAUGACUCAGCUUUAGCCCUGACAUUAA